CUAGCUUCUAUGGGUGGUUUGGUAGUAGCUGAUCAGAACAAAAGAGAAGAUCAAGAUCAUCAUCAUCAUUCCUCAUCAGAGAGUCAAUACCAGAAAGGAGUGAAACAUCUAUGUGAAAAUGGCAUUACUAGAGUUCCCAACAAGUAUGUAUUGCCGGUGCCGGACAGACCCAAUCUCCGGGAACAACAAAAUGCCACCACCACCACCGCCUACGGUAACCAUAUUAAGUUGCCCAUCAUCGACUUUGCUCAGUUACAAGGUCCUGAAAGAUCACAAGUUCUUAAGACCUUAUCAAAAGCUUGUGAAGAAUAUGGCUUCUUUCAGGUGACCAACCAUGGCAUUCCCACUGAUGUUAUACGUAAUAUGAUCGAUGUAAGCAAACGGUUCUUCGAGCUUCCUUAUGAAGAGAGGGCCAAGUAUAUGACACCAGAUCUGAGUUCUCCAGUUCGUUAUGGGACCAGCUUUAAUCAGACUAAAGAUGGAGUUUUCUGUUGGAGAGAUUUCUUAAAGCUUGUCUGCAAUCCCCUUCCUGAUAUCCUUCCUCUUUGGCCUUCCUUUCCUCUUGACUUGAGGCAAUCGGCGGUUACUUACUCCGAAGAAACCAAAUCCUUAUUCGCCAUGCUUAUGAAAGCAAUCCUAGAGAGCCUAGGAUUGGUGGGAAGAGACAAAGAAGAAGAUGGUGAUGAUGAUGAAGAUGAGAUCAAUAAGGAAAUAUUAAAACAAUUCCAAGAUGGAAGCCAGCUAAUGGUGAUUAACUGUUUCCCACCAUGCCCAGAACCUGAACUUACUCUAGGUAUGCCUCCUCAUUCUGACUAUGGCUCCCUCACUCUUGUUCUUCAAGAUGAAGUAGAGGGUCUUCAGAUACAGUAUCAAGGACAAUGGUUCACUGUCCAACCUCUCCCCAACUCUUUCGUCGUCAAUGUAGGUGAUCAUCUUGAGAUAUUCAGUAAUGGAAGAUAUAAGAGUGUAUUACAUAGGGUUCUGGUGAACUCAACAAGGUCUCGUUUGUCGGUGGCUUCUUUGCACAGUUUACCUUUCGAGACUGUGGUCCGACCAGCACCAAAACUGAUCAAUGAAUCUAAUCCAAGACGUUACAAAGAUACUGACUUUGCUGCUUUCCUUAAAUACUUGUCAUCUUGCGAACCAAAGAAGAAAAAUUUUCUUGAGUCAAGGAAAUUGACUACUCAUAAUCAUUCUUCUGUCUCUAGAAGUUCAAAAUCUAAGAAUGAGUCUAAGUAG